CACAUUCCGAGCAAUUCGGAGGGAAGACAGCAAAAAUAAUAAAGCGCAGCAUAUCAUACAAUAGUAAACUUAGAAGAAGCUGAAGGAGCUGCAAUACCAAGUGGAGUCCGUCUAACCUCCUAGUCCAUCAUGGAGAAGUCGCAGAAGAUGCCGAAGGUAGCGAAGGUGAAGAACAAGGCGCCCGCGGAGAUACAGAUUACCGCGGAGCAGCUGCUACGCGAGGCGAAGGAGCGCGACCUGGAGAUCCUGCCGCCGCCGCCGAAGCAGAAGAUCUCGGACCCGCACGAGCUCGCGGAUUACCAGCAUCGCAAGCGCAAGGCGUUCGAAGACAUCAUCCGCAAGAAUCGCAUGAUCAUCACCAACUGGAUGAAGUAUGCGCAAUGGGAAGAAAGCCAGAAACAGAUACAGCGAGCGAGAUCCAUUUACGAGCGGGCGCUCGAGGUGGAUCAUCGAAACAUAGCGCUGUGGCUCAAGUACACUGAGAUGGAGAUGCGUAAUCGGCAGGUAAAUCACGCCAGAAAUCUCUGGGACAGAGCGGUCACCUUGCUGCCGCGUGCCAAUCAAUUCUGGUAUAAGUACACCUAUAUGGAGGAGACGCUGGAGAACAUUGCUGGUGCGCGUCAGGUGUUCGAGCGAUGGAUGGAGUGGGAACCAGACGAGCAGGCCUGGCAGACGUAUAUCAAGUUCGAGUUGCGUUAUAAGGAGAUCGAUCGGGCGCGACAGAUCUACGAGCGAUUCGUUAUGGUUCACCCUGAUGUGAAACACUGGAUAAAGUACGCUCGCUUCGAAGAGUCAUAUGGAUUCAUCAAGGGCGCGCGUGCUGUUUACGAACGCGCUGUUAACUUUUAUGGUGACGAGGGUCUGGACGAGAAGCUGUUCCUGGCGUUCGCGAAAUUCGAAGAGGGUCAACGAGAACACGACCGGGCCCGCAUAAUCUAUAAAUACGCGUUGGAGCACAUACCAAAAAGCAACACUCAGGAGAUCUACAAAGCGUACACGAUCCAUGAGAAGAAGUACGGCGAUCGCUCGGGCAUCGAGGAUGUAAUAGUCAGCAAACGAAAGCAUCAGUAUGAGCAGGAGAUCAAGGAGAAUCCUUCAAAUUACGACGCGUGGUUCGACUAUCUAAGAUUGGUGGAGUCAGAGGGUAACGUCGAUGUGGUCCGCGAGACAUACGAGCGAGCGAUCGCUAAUGUGCCGCCCACCAAGGAGAAGCAAUUCUGGCGAAGAUACAUAUAUUUAUGGAUCAAGUACGCUAUCUUCGAGGAACUGGAGGCCAAAGAUAUCGAACGGUGCCGGCAGAUAUACAAAGUGUGCUUGGAACUCAUACCACACAAGCGUUUCACUUUCUCAAAGAUCUGGCUGCUUUGUGCAUACUUUGAAAUACGACAAAAGGACUUUACAAAGGCAAGAAAGACGCUGGGCCUAGCGCUGGGAAUAUGUCCAACAGAUAAGCUUUAUCGGGGCUAUAUCGACCUCGAGAUACAGCUGGUGGAGUUCGAUCGGUGUCGCAAAUUGUACGACAAGUUCCUCGAGUUCGGACCGGAGAACUGUACCACGUGGAUGCGAUUCGCUGAGCUGGAGACACGAUUAGGCGAGUUUGCUCGCGCUCGGUCGAUAUAUGAGUUCGCUGUCGCGCGGCCGAGGCUGGACAUGCCGGAACUAUUAUGGAAAUCAUACAUCGAUUUUGAGAUCGCUCAGGAUGAGACGGAGAACGCUCGGCAGCUGUUUGAGCGACUGCUAGAGCGCACGUUACACGUUAAAGUUUGGAUAGCGUACGCAAAGUUCGAACUGUUAAAUGCCAACGGCGACACCGAGAGCCGAGUGCUACUGUUGGAAGCUUGGAAGGACUUUGAAAGUGAGAAAGGCACCCCUGAAACUCUCGCGAAGAUAAUGGAGAAGAUGCCGCGUAGGGUGAAGAAGAAGAGGCGCGUCGUGGGCGAAGACGGAAGCAACGACGGCUGGGAGGAAGUCUUCGACUUCGUAUUUCCAGAGGAUGAGUCGCAAAGGCCAAAUCUCAAAUUCUUGGCUUCCGCGAAAGCGUGGAAAAAGCAGAGCGAGCAAUCUCAGUCUUGAGAUAGUUAAAUUUCACUAUGAUAAAAAAGAACGAGGUAACAUAUACUUUAAAAAGAUUUGAGAUUAAGAAAAUUCUCUAGAACUUUAUGACUGUAAAAGUCGCGUAUAUUUUAUAUUACUGUAGAUGAAAUAUG